AUGGAUACCACUCGACAAGAACGCAAGUCCUGUGAAGCAUGUCGGGCACGGAAGCUGAGAUGCUCAGGUGAAAAAACCGGUUGCUCUCGUUGCCGAAGUUUGACAUUGCCGUGUAAAUUCAAAGACAAAGGCGCUCCUGGGAGACCGAGGAAGCGCCUUCGACAAGAGACCCAAGUCCGGGACUUGCCGAACAGAGAAGAGCGAACAUCGUUCUCAAGCUCGUCCAAUUUCUCCUCUGUCAUGCCUCAAAUGGAUUUAGUCUCACCGGACUCCAUCAGCACACUUAUGGACGGCGCAGAAUUCGACUCUUUGUCGUGCACGCUUCCUGAACUCUGUGGGCUGGAUUCCCUUCGAUGGGAAAUGCUCGACAAUUGCAAUGGACCUUUGCCUAUCGAGUCGUGGCAAACAUUGCGGCAAGGCGGAUUACAUGGCUCUGGGAUACCUCUCACAGCUGUCGAUGCAUAUGUGUCUCCUGUGUCGCUUCCUCAAUCUUGUAAAUGCGACGAGGAAGUAUCCACAAUCGUUCGAACACUGAGCCGUGCAGACAUGUCCCAUGAUAUCCUUCAAACACUACGUACUGGGGUGGCUCUUGCGGAGAGGCUACUGACUUGUUCCACCUGCUAUGACACGUCAAAACCUCCUCGGUUAACAGUUCAGAAUGUCCUACUGGUCGGUCAUCUUAUGUUUGAAGUAACAGCCGGUUACCAGAAGUACGUUCGCUGGCUGCACGAAUACUGUGCUGAGCUUGAUAUCAAGAACGGAAUGGAGAACGUCUACCUUGAUUCUGGGCUGGGGAUUCCCUCCGGACUAAAUCUACAACUCAGCGGGGGGACAUUCCGAGAUAUUGUCAUUCACGGUCUCCAGACUGAUACUGAAAACCUUGUGGUGCUUGGGAAAAGGUUCGAGCAGCGGCAGCGUAAUCGACACAUGGCUGGCCAUGAAACUUGCCCAAGUACGGAGGGACGAUGUCGUAGAAAGGAGUGCGGCGAUGCUCAUGACCCGCUCGAUAUCUGUCCACACGAUCCUAUCGGGCGGAAGUUGGUGCCCUGCUUCCGAAUCGUUGAUGAGGUCAAAGAGAUGAUCAAUCAAGUUUCAGAAAUAGCCCGGUGA